UCUACAAAUGAAAACAAUGUGCAUUCUUUUGUAGUUUCUUUAAUUAUUUUGAAUAUUGUAUUAAAUUUAAGUGUUCAACAUGCCACCCGUAUCACAGGAAGGUAAUUGUCUCAUAUACCGAGGCAGCAAUUUUCUCAAGCAGCGCCUUAUACUGUCUUGCCUUAGCGGAAAGCCUGUACAAAUAACACAAAUUCACAUAGACGAUGAAACGGCUCCCGGUUUGCGUGAAUAUGAAAUAGGUCUAAUAAGGUUACUUGAUAAGCUAACAAAUGGUACCAAAAUUGAACUCAAUCCCUCGGGCACCUCUGUUCUGUUUACACCGGGUCUCUUGCACGGUGGUGUGUUGCAUCACGAUUGCUGUAUUCAACGUGGCAUGGGCUAUUAUUUGGAUGCGUUAAUAGCUCUUGGUCCGUUUUGUAAAAAUCCCAUAAAUGCAACUUUAAAAGGCGUAACAAAUAGUAAAGACUCACCAUCAGUAGAUCACAUAAAAGGUUCAGCAAUUCCUGUUCUUAAACGAUUUUUAGUUGUGGAUGAAGGAUUAGAACUUAAAGUUGUUAAAAGAGGUGCAGCACCUCUUGGUGGUGGUGAAGUACAAUUCCGAUGCCCGGUACGUAAGAACUUACGUUCUCUGCAAUUCCAAUCUCAAGGCAUGGUUAAGCGUAUUCGCGGUACCGUAUACGCAUGCAAAGUAUCGCCUGCAAUGGCCAAUCGCACUGUGGAAGCGGCAAAAGGUGUAAUGUUAAAAUUUCUUCCCGACGUAUAUAUAUACACUGAUCAAAAUCGUGGUAAAAUGUCUGGUAAUUCACCUGGUUUUGGUAUUUGUUUGAUAGCAGAAACAACUGAUGAUGUUUGUUAUGGCGCUGAAAGCAUCUCAAACAGCAGAGAAGACGGGAAAGAUCCUUCUGUACCUGAAGAUUUGGGGCGCGAAGCUGCAAUGAAAUUACUUGAUGAAAUUUAUCGGGGAGGCUCUUGUGAUUCAUCGUACCAAUGGCUUGUCACCCUAUUUAUGGCUCUGAGUCAGAAAAAUGUUUCAAAAUUUUUGACAGGCCCACUCUCUACUUAUACAAUACAUUUCCUACAAAAUUUGCGAGACUUCUUUUCAAUAACGUUUAAGCUAGAAAAUCCAGAAAAUGAUGACGAAGAAGACGCCUUGCCAGGCGCCCAAAAAGUGCUGAUGACAUGUGUUGGCAUCGGUUAUACGAAUAUAAGUAAACGUGUCAACUAAAAAUUUAAAAAUUAUUGUUUAUAUUUGGUGCAUAAAUGUGUUAUGAGUCUAUUAUGCCGGUCAUUUCUACAUUUUAUAUCAAAUAAAAUAUGUAAUCUUCAGAAAA